CAGCCAUUCAGACUGGAAUAAAAUUCAACAUGGCUGCGCAAAUUAUGUUUAUAUUUGAUAGUUAGUAUUUUAGGGCAAGUUUUUGGUUUUAAUUAACCCAUGAUGCCUAGCUAUACAAGCCGGUCUACCAGAAGUAGUACCAGAAAGUUACGAAAGCGAUCAAAUUUGAAACAUACCGAUUCAGGACGACACAAUAGUGAGAGCACAAGUUCAAGGAGUAGUGAUGAAGAACAAGGGGAAAGCAGCUAUAGCACAAGAUAUUAUCUUAGAAAACGCCAAACAGAUUAUGGGUCAUCACAUGAAGAAAAUCAUUCCAAAAGAAGGAGGAAGUCGCCCUCCAAAUCAUCAUCAUGCAGAGGAUGUCCAAUUGGUGCCCAGUACUUGCAAGAGGAAAUGCCAGAUGAAGUUUUAAUAAAGAUUUUUAGCUAUCUAUAUGAGUAUGAUUUAUGCAGAGCAGCAUGUGUAUGUAAGAGGUUUAAGGCCAUUGCUGAUGAUCCUGGGCUAUGGAAGAGGAUCUACCAAGAUGUGUUUGAAUAUGAUUACCCAUUAAUGAAUCCAGAGCCCAGAGUUUUUCAGUUCAUACAACCCGAUGAAAAUGAGUAUGAAAAUCAAUGGAAGGAGAGCUUCAAACAACUGCACAAAGGAAUCCAUGUUAGGCCUGGAUUUGAAGAUACUUACAAUUCUAAGUAUAGAAGACUUAGAGGAAGGGACAUAAUUUAUUUUGACUCCAUUGAGAGAGCCUACAGUUUUGUGGAUUCAGAGGAAAUGGACAAUGCAAUUAUAUUUAUUCACUCUGGAAUGUACUUAACAGAGUAUUUGUUUGUGGACACUAAUGUGACCAUGAUUGGUGCUGCCCCUGGUAAUGUGAUAGACAAUGUGAUUGUAGAACGGGGGACAGAGUCCACCAUUACAUUCGUGGAGGGAGCCAAGGAGGCAUAUCUAGGAUAUGUUACACUUAAGUUCACGCCUGACUUAACAAUGGCUAUGACGCAUCAUAAGCAUUAUGCCUUGGAAGUGACAGAAAAUUGUUCUCCUACAAUAGAUCACUGUAGAAUCAAAAGUACCUCUGUUGUGGGAUCUGCAGUUUGUGUAUCAGGAGUAGGAGCAGACCCCAUCAUAAAACACUGCAAGAUCAAAGACUGUGAAAAUGUGGGACUCUUUGUGACAGAUUAUGCACAGGGACAGUAUGAAGAUAAUGAGAUAAGUGGGAAUGCCCUGGCUGGAAUUUGGGUCAAGAAUCACUCCAACCCCAUAAUGAGGCGGAAUCAUAUUCACCAUGGUAGAGAUGUAGGAAUCUUCACAUUUGAUAAUGGCCUUGGUUACUUUGAGGAAAAUGACAUCCACAACAACAGAAUAGCAGGAUUUGAAGUGAAAGCUGGAGCAAACCCCACCGUUGUGAGGUGUGAAAUUCACCAUGGCCAGACAGGAGGGGUGUAUGUCCAUGAGAAUGGGCGGGGCCAGUUUAUUGAGAACAAAAUCCACUCUAACAAUUUUGCUGGAGUAUGGAUAACAUCAAAUAGUGAUCCCACCAUAAGGAAGAAUGAAAUUUUCAAUGGACAUCAAGGAGGGGUGUACAUCUUUGGUGAAGGGAGGGGCUUGAUAGAGCAUAAUAAUAUAUAUGGGAAUGCCUUAGCUGGAAUCCAGAUCCGUACCAAUAGUAACCCUAUAGUAAGACAUAAUAAGAUUCACCAUGGCCAACAUGGAGGAAUAUAUGUGCAUGAAAAAGGCCAAGGUUUAAUAGAAGAGAAUGAAGUAUACUCAAACACAUUAGCUGGAGUAUGGAUCACAACAGGAAGUACACCAGUGCUACGCAAAAACCGCAUUCACAGCGGAAAACAGGUUGGGGUUUACUUUUAUGACAAUGGACAUGGAGUUCUAGAGGAUAAUGAUAUUUUUAACCAUUUGUACUCUGGAGUGCAGAUUAGAACGGGCAGUAAUCCCUUGAUAAGGAGGAACAAGAUCUGGGGAGGCCAGAAUGGAGGAAUUCUGGUUUACAACAGUGGCCUUGGAAUGAUUGAACGUAAUGAAAUCUUUGACAACGCAAUGGCUGGUGUCUGGAUCAAGACAGACAGCAAUCCCUUGCUGAGAGGCAAUAAAAUUCACGAUGGCCGUGAUGGUGGAGUUUGUAUUUUUAGUGGGGGAAAGGGGAUCUUAGAAGAGAAUGAUAUAUUCAGGAAUGCCCAGGCAGGUGUACUUAUUAGCACAAGUAGUCAUCCCAUGUUACGACGCAAUAGAAUUUUUGAUGGAAACGCAGCAGGAGUAGAAAUCACAAACAACGCUACAGCAACAUUAGAGGGGAACAAGAUCUUCAACAAUAAGUUUGGUGGAUUAUGUUUAGCAAGUGGGGUUCAUCCCAAACAAAAAGAAAACAUUAUUACGGGCAAUCAUAACAUGGUACAGAAGGCUGUGUCCACAGGCCAGUGUCUCUACAAAAUCUCUAGUUACACCAGCUUUCCCAUGCAUGACUUCUACAGGUGUCAGACUUGCAACACAACAGAAAGAAAUGCCAUUUGUGUGAACUGUAUCAAAAACUGCCAUGCUGGACAUGUUGUGGAAUUCAUUCGGCAUGAUAGAUUCUUCUGUGACUGUGGAGCGGGGACUCUUAACAACUGUUGUCAGUUACAGGGAGAACCCACACAGGAUACGGACACACUCUAUGAUUCUGCUGCUCCUAUGGAAACGCACACCUUGCGGGUCAACUGAGUUGUGUCAAAUCUGUGUCAGUGUUUGUAUCCACCAAAAUGAGGCCAAAGCUCACGUCAGUGAAAACUCUCACAAUGUUGUUCCUAAUGUGGUGUGUGCUAUAUGUACAAUGUAUGUCACACCUGAAUAUAUAUAUAUUUGUUAUUUAUUUAUGAAGUGACUGUGACCAAAGAAGAAAAUAGAAUGAUACAUAUGUUUAAAAAACUGUCUGCUCGUCUUAAGCAUUUUUUUUUGAGCAGGGUUCAUUUUUUUUUAAAUAUCUUUUUUGCUUGUCAAGUAAGAUGGUUUUUCAGUCUGUUGGACUUGAAAUUUGUGCAUUUUUUUUUAGAUAGCUUAAAAAGUAAGAUAUACUGGUUGUGAAUCUCCACAGAUUAAUCUCUAAUAUCAUACAAGAUUUACAAAGUUUCUAACUGAAUUUAUUUACAAUAUUUUCACAGCAGGUGAUAUAAAGUUUCAUUCCUGCAUUUCACAGCAGGUGAUAAAAAGGUUCAUUCCUGCAGUUACUGUAUACAUUUCUUGUACCAAGUUAUAUGUCUUUAAUUUGACAAUUUUUUCCAAUCAAGAUAUACAUUUAAUUUACACCAAUUAAUAACAUGAUCAAAGUUUCAUUUUAUUCAACAAGGAUUUGGAUAAUUAGGGAAAACAAUGAUUGUACCAGUGUUAAGGGGAAAAAAAUCAUUCAUAUGAUGGAGAAAGGUUGAGAUGAUCUGAGGCCAGUUUUGUCAUAUCUAGAUUGUUUUAAAAAAGAUUUUAAAAAAACCACAACUGAAAUUUGUAUGCUCAACAAAUGUGUCUAAGGUGCUGCUGCUGUUUGCUUUUACUUCAAUAUGAUUACAGAACGAUUUAAGUCCCUUGAAUCAAGACAUAACAAGCUGAUCUGACUGUGCUUCCAUGUUUAAUGCAGCAUUCACCACCAACUGAACUUACUUUUUGCUCAGUAGUUCAUAACACAAAACUCAUGUAGAUUAUUUUUUAUGAGUUCAUUAUGUAGGAUAUUUAAAAAAAAAUUUAUGUUUUAUCUUGAAAAAAGAGAGAAGAAUGCCACCUUAUUCCUGGCCAGUUUCGUGUAUAGUUGAUAAUGUCAAUGUGGAGUAUAUACUGGAAUAUUUGGAAAAGGGGGAGUGUUAAGAUCUCUGGAUUUAUUAAUUUUUUUGUUGGAAAAAAGGCCUUUAAAAUUUCAUAACUUGAGUCAAGUUUAAUGAUUUACAUAACUUUGAAUUUUUCUGUUUUUGAAAUAAUGAAAGUAUUGUAAAUCUUCAUGUUUGGAUUUAAAAUUGAUGGAAGCUUGUGCAAUAGCUUUACUUUAUUGAGCUCUAGGUGAAAAUUUAUUUCUUUCCUCUUUCUUUUCCUUUUUUUUUUUUUUAAAAAAAAAUGGAAAUGUGUUGAUCAUCAUAAAAAAAAACUAUAACUAAAAGACAUUGCAUUACAACAUCUGAAAAAGUUACUUUUAUGAAAGUUUUAAUUUUUAGUUGAAAAUUUAAAAUUAAGAAACAUUUUACUUUGCAAGGGUAUGGACCUGCACAGUACUUUGGAAUAUUUUCCUAUGGUGAUAACAGAAAGGUCACACUCCCUAUAACUGAAGUCCAAGUAACCUUCAGUUCAUUUUUAUUUAUGUAUUUGUGAAGGCAUUAUUUCAAGCUGUGUUUGCAGCCUGUUUUUGCUUUGUUUGCUUAAUUGUACAUAAGUUACUGAAUACCUCAUACCAUUUUAUUUUUUACCUUGCUUGCCUUUUAGUAAGUGUUAACAUUUAACACAAUUAUUAAUCGACCGCCACAUUUUUGACAUACGUUUGUAAAUGUUUCUGUAUUAUGCCUCAGUGCUUUUAUAAAAACCAUUUGUUUAGGUAGUGGGUCAAGAUAAAAGGUAACUUUAUUUUAUAAAUUAUUGAUUGUCAGUAAAAAAAAAAAAAAUACUAAAUUUUUUUAUUGUGUUGGAAUCAACAUGAGAAUUGAGAAAUUGUGUCAAAAAAAGAGAAUUAUCCAUUUAAAGAGGUGUUUUCUCUCUCUCUUGAAUGAAUGAAACCAAUUUUGCUUGAAAGAUGAAAGAGUAAGAUUUAUCUUCUCUAAGUUUAAUUCUCUCAUUUCUCUCCAUUUCCCUGCCCCUCCCCUCAACAUAUGAUCAGUGAUAAUAAAGGUAGAGUUCUACUUGUUAAAUGUAAGUGAUAUGUUUCAUGUUUAUUGUUAUAUACACAUAUUUGUUUUGUGUGGAAGUCUGUCAGUUUCAAACACUUAAAAGUGCAUCAGAGAUACUAUAGUAGUUGACACGUUCAUUAACUUGUGCUGUGUGUACAUAUUUAUGAUAUUGUUUUGUUAUAGAGAGACCUUUACGAAGUUUCUUACAGAGUGUUCUGUAGCUUGUUGCAUAUCUAUUUUAAUUAGAAAUUUUAUAUUAUUCAGGAUGCUGCUGCAUCAUAUUUUUAAUCCUUUUACACUUCUGUUCUUAAGUUUUGGAGUAAUAUGUUACUUAAACCCCCCUCCCCCACCACUAUUACCACUGUCCCCUUCCCACAAUGUUUUUAAAAAAUCACUUUCACAAUUUUGGUUUGUGGCAAUAUACUAAUACAGAUUUGCAACUUAUCUAUGUUCCAGCAAAGCAUAAAAAAUAAAAAAAAAUGUUCUUAAUAAAUAAAAGCAAUAGUAUCAUGUGAUUUUGAUUUUGCAUGCACAGAAUUCUUACUAAACAGUCUGCUGUUAUAUUGUGUUUUAUUUAUCCUAUGUCUUUGUUUCAUAAGACAAACAUAGAGGCUCUGUGAGUGUUGUUUAAAUGUUUAUUGCAAAGUGUAGAGAUGGAACACCACAUUUAUGACGUCAUCCAUGGCAAAAAUUGUGAUUGUUUUCUUUUUUAUAUAACAUCCACUUAUAGGUAUAAAAUGUCAAAUAAAAAAGUCUAAAAGAACAAAA